AUGCGCUUCCUCGCCCUCAUCGCUCCCCUUAUCGGCCUCGCCGCCGCCGUGCCCGCCGCUGCGCCCGACGCUGAUAAGCCCAGCAAGGUCAAGAUCCGCGGCGUGAGCCUGCUCGGCAGCGGCUGCCCUCCCGGCAGCGCCGACGUCCAGGUCGACGCGACCGGCACCCUCUUCGAGGCGACCUUCUCGCAGUACGAGGUGCAGACUGGUCCGGGCACCAAGGCCAUCGACUGGCGCAGAAACUGCAAGCUCACGCUCAACAUGGAGUUUAACUCUGGUUUCCAGUUCUCUAUCCUUGACACCGACAUGAUCGGCUUUGCGGAGAUCCCCAAGGGCGCCAAGGGCCAGUGCACCAACGUCUUCUCGUUCACCGGCAGCCCCAACAACCAGGUCACCUAUGCCAUCAACCUCCCGGGCAAGUGGAGCGGCCCCUUCGACCUCCGCUCCCGCGCGGGCAUCGAGUCGUGGUCUCCCUGCGGCGGCAGCACUGCGAUCCUCAACAUGAACACUGCCUGCAACCUCAGCCCCACCCACCUUCCCGCCCUCAUUGCUGUCGACCACAUCAGCGGCAAGCUCAAGGUCAAGUUCGCCGUCAAGUGGCGCCACUGCCGCAAGUAA